CGUACAUCGGUCCGAGGCCCAGAGCACCAAUGAAGGGCUUGUGAAUAUCUAAGGCGCUCCCUUCGAAAAGGAAACUGCGCCAGUUUUCGAGAGUAUUGCCAUUCUCACCAGGCCAGACAAAAGCAAUAAUAUUCUGCUUUACAAAAUUUCUGCUGAAUGAUCUCGUGUCAACUCAGUCACUUUCGCCUCACUCGUAUCUCCUCCACUUGGAUACUAAUUACAAUAGCUAAUCUUUGUCCCAGAACGUCGAUACACUGGAAUGUCUCUUACCCUGCACAUGGUUUUUCCUUGAAACUGUCGACUUAGCUUGCGAAGGUAACAAGCACAGCCCCUUCCAUCAGACUAAUCCGAAACAAAACAAAAAACUGCCGAUUUGGGGUUAAACAAACCAUCCCAUCACGUCGCCCAAAAAUAAAUAGGUCGGAAUAACAAAAUAUACGAACACUGUAACUUAUUCCUUUAUUCCUAUAUUCUACUACUAUUACUACUACCCGGUGAUUCAACGAACACGAUUAUAUGAAUAUAAACAACCAAUAUGGCUCAGGUUCAAACCCCUGAUAGAGAUUUCACCAGCAUUCCACUGGAUGGCGAUGCUAACAAUGUCUCGAAGAAGAAAGCACCCAAACGAGUUCUUCAUUUUAGUGAUGGCAUCUUGGAGGAAUAUUCCACAGAUGAAGAGGAACAACCAGAGGUGAAAACCCAAACGACUCUAGAUCCUCGCCGUGUAAAUGUGAGUACACUUAGUUGGCUGCCAUGGAUUUGGUACUAUAUGGUACUUGUCUCUGCCAAAACCUUUAAUGCUGCUGAUUUGUGCGGUGAAAAACUUGCUUGGUUUUUUGGUAUCACAAGCCCCAAAUAUCAAUAUGCAAUUGAUGAAUAUUACAAAGAACAAGAAGAAAAGACUAAUACUGAGAAAGAAAGACUUCAUUCAGUAAAAACUAGCAGUGAACCAGUAACUGCUCCACCAGCUUCUAAGAAUGUGUCUGAAAAUCCUCCAACUCAAGAUUAUGAAAAUCUUGACAAAUUUUGAGCAUAACACAUCUUUGUUAAUUUUUACUUAACUAUUAUUAUUAUUAUUAUUAUUAUUAUUAUUAUUAUUAUUAUUAUUAUCUCUUGAUAUUUUUUUCUUUUGCUCUUUCUUUCUUUUGUCUGCCUUUUCCCUACUCCCUACCCUCAUACAUUAACAGCAGCAGCAUCAUCAUCAUCAUCAUCAUCAUCAUCAUCAUCACUACUGUUAAAGAAGGUCAAUGGCAGAAUCAGAAGAACACAAGGCAAAAUGCUGUGCGGUAUUUUUUUUAUUUACUUAUUUAGUAAUAUUCGUUUUUUUGUUCUGAGUUCAAAUCAUGCCAGGAUCAACAAAGCCUAUUUUUUUUCAUUCUGCCAAGGUCUAUAAAAUAAAGCUGUCAGUCACAUACUGGAGUUGAUGUCAUCAACUCACUUCAUCCCACAAUUUAUGGCUUUGAACAUAUGUUGUGUCAACACUUAAAAAAACCAUUAUUAUUUAUUAUUAUUAUUAUUAUUAUUAUUAUUAUUAUUAUUAUUUAUAUCCUCAUAAUCAUCAUUAUAUGAAGGUGUGAGCUGGCAGAGUUGAUAGCAUACAGCAAUUUUUCAGGUUUUACGUCCUGAGUUCAAACGUCGCUGAAGCCAGUUUUGCUUGUCGUACUUCCAGAGCUGAUAAAAUAAGUAACAGUUAGUAUUAGGGUUGAUCUAACUGACUAGCCCCUUCCUUCAAAAUUUCAGGCCUUGUGCCUAUAGUAGAAAGCGUUUUAAUUAUUAUUAUUAUUAUUAUUAUUAUUAUUACUAUUAUUAUUAUUAAUAAGGUGAGCUAGCAGAAGUGUUUAGCAUGCUUGGCAAAAUUCUUAGUGGCAUUUCAUCUGUCUUUGCAUUCUGAGUUCAAAUUCCGCUGAGGUUGACUUUGCCAUUCAUCCUUUCAGGUUGAUAAAAUAAGUACCAGUUAUGCACUGGGUUCGAUGUAACUGACUAGUCCCCUCCCCCAAAAUUUCAGGCUUUGUGCCUUUAGUAGAAAUGAUUAUUGUUAUUAUUACUACUACUACUACUACUAAAGUCGUGAGCUGGUAGAGUCGUUAGGAUGCCAGGCAAAAUGCUUAGUAGCAUUUCGUUCAUCAUUAUGUUCUGAGUUCAAAUUCCACCAGGGUCGACUUUACCAUUCAUCCUUUCAGGGUCAAUAAAAUAAGUACCAGUUGGAUACUGGGGAGUCAAUGUAAUCGACUUACUCCCUCCCCUGAACUUGCUGGCCUUGUGCCAAAAUUUGAAAUAAUUUUUAUUAUUAUUGCUUGGCAGAAUGGGUAACGUUAUUAGCACUGUUGCAUUGCUGAAAACUGGGAAAUGGGAUUGGGCCACAUUCAAGACAAUAACAUCUGUUCAUUUCUUCUUCCAGGUCUUCCUCUUAUUGUAAUUAAACUUUGUAGGAUAAAUUACAGAGUUGUUGCUCUUUUUUUUUUUUUUUCCAUAAUUUGGUGAUUGUAGGAGGUUUACUGAUGCAAUUUACCUAAAUCACUACAAGUGAGAGAGGUGUCACUUAUCUCAACUCAACCAUACUCACUUAUUGUGAAAAUAAUUAACAUUACUUCAUUUUUUAUUAAUGAUAAUUAACAUACCUGUCUAAUUCUUCAACUUAAUCAAACCUCCAAGUUCUGCGUAAUCUGUGUUCCAACUGAACACCAUUCCAUUCUUUUAUACUUUCCAUUAACUUAUCUUUUGUUAAUAUUUAUUGUUAUAUUUAAGAUUAAUAAAAGAACUAACGAAUAAAGUUGGUUUGUCAGUAUAUUCACA